UUUUCAGCAAAGAAAUGAAUCUAACUCACGUGACGAAACGAAAGCGGCUGGACAUGCAGAAAUCACUUUGCAAGAGACACAGAUUACACAGACAAUUAAAUAAGAUUUCCGCUUUUGGAAAACAACAUCCCCUCUCCACAACACAUCUUGAGGGUUCAUGGUGAUAAACUACACACAUGUACGAGUUGUGAUGCAUCUUUCAGGACUUCUUCACAUCUUAAACAGCAUCUUCUCACACAUCAAGAGGUUAAGCCUUUCAUUUGUGAUCAAUGUGGUUUUGCAACUAAGCGCCAAGGUUUUCUAGAUGAACACAUGAAAGUUCACACAGAGGUCAGAAAACUUUCUUGUGCACAGUGCGACUAUUCGUGUAAAUAUCCGCAUCUGUUGAAAGCUCAUAUUCUGACUCACACUGGUGAUAAACCGCUGAAAUGCGACAAAUGCGACUACUCAACUGCAGAUUCCUCAAAUCUAAGAAAACAUCGCCUUACCCACACAGACAAUAUUAACAAACCACAUAAAUGUUCGCUCUGUGAUUACGCUGCUAAUAAAGUGCGUGACUUGAGGAACCAUUGUGAGAAAAAGCACAAUGGUGAUUCCUGUCUCAUGUCAUCUGGAGAUAAGAUAAAGAUCGUGUCUGGCAAAUCACAAUCUGCUGACUGUCAAAACCUGCGGACUGUCAUUAUAAACCAACUUAAACCAUCCUCGAAGCCAACAAACAAUUCCUCUAACUUCUCAAAUGAUGAUACCAAAAGUAAGAUGAAAGGUGCCACAUCCCUGAAUGAAGGUUCCUCCAAAGUUACUGCUGAAAUAGUUGAAGAGGUCACAUUUAGCUGUAGCCAAUGCAGCUACACCACUACUACAAGAAGGAACUAUACUCACCAUGUUCGACACAAACACGGAGAACGCUCCUUCAAGUGUGAGCACUGUCCUGCCAGUUUCCCCACAGCAGCUAAGCUUAAAGGUCACAUGAUAGCACAUCAAGAGGUCAAGUUGUUCACAUGUGAUCAGUGCGAAUUUUCUACUAAAUACAAAAGAUCUCUGACCGCGCAUCUAGCAACACACGAACUUCGGAAUAAAUACUCUUUUAAGUGCGAAAAAUGUGAAUACUCAACUUACUCAGAGAAAUUGUUGAAGAACCAUUAUUUUCAAUGUCACUGUGAGAAGUCCUACCAAUGUGACCAAUGUGAGGAGUCUUUCAAAGUGAAGAAGCAGCUGGCAAGCCAUGUUUUGAUACACACUGAGGUGAAACAUCUCGCUUGUACAAAGUGCAAAUUCACCACUAAAUACAUCCUCUCCUUUAAAGAACAUCAGCUAAUGCAUGCUGGGGACAAGACCAGGAAAUGUAAAGAUUGUAAAUAUGCUACUUACUAUCACUCGGCAUUGUCAUAUCAUCGAAGAACUCACACAAAGGAAAAACCUUUUAAAUGUGACAUGUGCGAUUAUGCUGCAGCCACUUCAACACAAGUCAGAAUUCAUAAGAAAAACAUGCAUUUUAUUACUACAGCGACCAUGGAAUAUGGUCAUUUGGUAAAGAGGUUUAAGAAUCAGAAUGUGUAGUUUAAUUUUUUUAAUGGUAUUUUUUUAAUGGUAUUAUAAUCUUAUUGUUUGAGGGUUCUUUAUUUUUGUUUCAUUUCAUCAACAU